UUGUCCCCUAAACCAUUUAGUGCUUUGUAAACCAGCAGGAGUAUUUUGAAAUCAAUUCUCUGAGAGACAGGGAGCCGGUGUAGAGACCUCAGAACUGGACUGAUGUGAUCCACUUUCUCAGUCUUAGUGAGAAGAAUAGAAAGGGGAUUGUCUGUGUUAUUGCAUUAGUGUAUAAUAUUUGGAAAAUAAACAUUAGAUAGAUUUAUAGAUAUAGAGAUGGAUAGAUUAUAAUGAGAGAAACUUCCAGUCUGCAAUGAGACCUGCUGAAUCCAGAACGCUGCUGUGCGUUCUAGAAUCCGGGUUUUCUUUUUCUCCCCUCCUCCACAUCUAUUUCCUCUUUUGCUUGCCACUACUUUACCUUCACUUGUUCAGCCUUCACUCUGAGAAGAGGAGGAGGAGGAUGGUGUAUGAUUGGCCAGGCGGGGACUGGUAGUCCGGAGGCUGGAGGCUGGCAUUGUGCUCCGAGUUGAUCCCCCGUGUUCUUGUUUACACCUUGUGGACUGGGACGGAGACAAGACACCCAGAGACACCCAGAGGCGCACCAGAGUCUGGAGUUCAGUCUGCAGUGGACGCGGCUCUCUGACAGCAUCUCUUGCAGUAAUGCGUCAAACUUUUUGGUGACUUUUUGGUGGCACCUUCUGCGCGUAAAUGUCUCCUGGAGAGAAUCGAGGCACAAGUGCGUCUGGAAAUGAAAUGCACCAGGAAUAGCAGCUGUUUCUUCAUAUUCAGAUGAGGGUGUGAUAUCUACGGACCUCUUCAAACUUUGAUUACAGGCGGAAAUUACCACCUUUGCAAAUCUCACCAAGCUGCUUUGGUGAUGGAUGUGUUUUGAGGACUAUUUACCAAAAAACAGCCAACAUCAAUUACUGGACUCGUUGUUGGUGUUUCACUCUUUUUCCUGAGAAAUCUUUUAGACUUUUGUUGGACAAGAGCCACCUGGUGUUGUCAGAAGAUUGGUGCUGUGGAGGGAAACAAGGGGACGUUUACGCAACGGCGUAGCCGGAAAAGAUGCGCUCUGUUCGGAUGCAGCGCGGCCAAGGUGUCGGUCCUCUGGUUCUGCUGCUCCUGGUGGUCGGGGGAUAUGUCGUGUCUGGCACUGAGAGCGACUACAGCGAGGCCGAGGUUCUCCCCGACUCCUUUCCGUCAGCGCCGGCAGAACCUCUCCCAGAAUUCCUGCUGGAGCCGGAGGACGCUUUCAUCGUAAAGAACCGGCCGGUCCAGCUGCGGUGCCGGGCAUCGCCAGCCACCCAGAUCUACUUCAAAUGUAACGGAGAAUGGGUCAAUCAAAACGAUCACGUCACCAGAGAGAGCCUGGACCAGCUCACGGGUCUGGUGGUGCGGGAAGUGGACAUCUCGGUGGCGAGGACCCAGGUGGAGGAGCUGUUUGGGUUGGAGGACUACUGGUGCCAGUGUGUGGCCUGGAGCUCGGCUGGCACCACCAAGAGCAACCGUGCCUACGUUCGCAUUGCAUACUUGAGGAAGAACUUCGAGCAGGAGCCGCUGGGGCGGGAGGUGCGACUGGAGCAGGAGGUGCUGCUGCAGUGUCGACCCCCGGAAGGCAUGCCCGCCGCCGAGGUGGAUUGGCUGAAGAACGAGGAUGUCAUAGAUCCAUCGCAGGACUCCAACUUCCUGAUCACCAUCGACCAUGAUCUGAUCAUCAAACAGGCCCGACUCUCAGACACCGCCAACUACACCUGCGUGGCUCGUAACGUGGUGGCCAAAAGACGCAGCAGCACGGCUACUCUGAUUGUUUAUGUGAGCGGAGGCUGGUCUUCGUGGACUGAAUGGUCAGAGUGUAACGCUCGGUGCGGGCGGGGCUGGCAGCGACGAACACGCAGCUGCACCAAUCCUGCACCUCUGAACGGAGGAGCCUUCUGUGAGGGCCCACCCUUCCAGAGAGUGACCUGCACCACACUGUGCCCAGUGGAUGGAGGUUGGACAGAAUGGGCAAAGUGGUCCGCCUGUGGGACAGAGUGCACCCACUGGCGCAGUCGCGAGUGCCAAGCCCCCCCACCUAGAAAUGGAGGAAAGCACUGCAGCGGCAGCAUGAUGGAGAGCAAGAACUGCACUGAGGGGCUGUGUGCGCGCAAUAAAAAGAUUUCUAUUGAACAUGCAAGCCAUCCGCUGGCCCCAGGUAUGGGUGUUGCUGUCUAUGCUGGUCUGGUGGGGGCCCUGCUGCUGUGUGUGAUACUGGUGUUGUGCGUGGGAGUGCUCACAUAUCGCCGCAGAUGCCGCCAUCUCCAUGGAGACAUCACCGAUUCUUCGUCUGCUCUCACUGCCACCUUCCACCCUGGCAACUACAAGCCUCCCAGACAGGAUAACCCUCACCCUCUGCAUCCCUCAGCUCCUCCAGAUCUGACAGCCACAGCGGGGCAUUUCCGAGGGCCGCUCUUCUCCCUGCAGCAGGGGGUCAACGACAGCCCCCACAAAAUCCCCAUGACCACUUCUCCCUUGCUGGACCCAUUGCCAAGUCUCAAAAUCAAGGUGUAUAACGCCUCCACUCUCUCCUCCAUGGAGCUCCCCGUGGACAUGGGCUUAGGUGACGGGGAGAUCCUCAGCCUGAAGUCGGUGGGUACUAUGGGUAGAGAACGAGAUUACCACAGCCACACGAUUUCCAGAGAGCCGGGGCUGAGCACCAGUGCCACCCUGGGUAAUCUGGGAGGACGCCUUACUAUCCCCAACACAGGCGUGAGUCUGCUGGUCCCCCCCGGCACAAUCCCCCAGGGGAAGUUCUACGAGAUGUACCUCAUUAUCAACAAGUGGGACAAAACGACGCUACCGUCUGAGGGCAGUCAGACUGUACUAAGUCCUGUGGUGAGCUGUGGCCCAUCCGGUAUGCUGCUGAAUCGUCCUGUGGUUCUCACUUUGCCCCACUGUGCCCAGCUAGACACACCUACACCUGACUGGACCCUUACACUCAAGACACAGACGCACCAGGGGGCGUGGGAGGAGGUGUUGACAGUAGGAGAGGAGACAUUGUCGUCUCCGUGCUACUUGCAGCUGGAGGAGGAGUGUUGUCAUGUUCUCAUGGAGCAGCUGGGAACAUACGGCAUGGUGGGCCAAUCAUGCCCUCCACAGCCUGCCUGCAAACGCCUGCAGUUGGCACUGUUCGCCCCUCGAGCCCCCUGCCUCUCCCUGGACUACAGCCUCCGGAUCUACUGCAUCCACGACACUCCACAUGCACUCAAGGAGGUGCUGGAUUUGGAGAGGAGUCUGGGUGGAGUUUUGCUGGAGGAUCCCAAGCCACUGCUCUUCAAAGACAGCUAUCACAAUCUGCGCCUGUCCAUCCACGACAUUCCUCACACUCACUGGAGAAGCAAACUACUGGCAAAGUAUCAGGAGAUCCCGUUCUAUCACAUCUGGAGCGGCAGUCAGAGACCUCUGCACUGCACCUUCAGCCUGGAGAGAGGGAGCCUGGCUGUGUCACAGCUCACUUGUAAGAUCUGUGUCCGACAAGUGGAAGGGGAGGGACAGAUAUUCCAGCUGCACACGGAUAUCCAGGAGACUCUACCCCCCCACUCGCCCCUCCCCUCAGGAGGCACCUGCCUGCCUUCAUCUCAAGUGGGACCCUAUGCCUUUCGCUUGCCUGACUCCAUCCGCCAGAAGAUCUGUGCUAGUUUGGAUGCACCCAGUGCUCGAGGAUGUGACUGGAGACUCCUGGCACGCAGUCUGGGCUUUGACAGGUACUUGAACUACUUUGCAACAAAGCCCAGCCCAACAGGUGUUCUACUGGACUUAUGGGAAGCUUGUCACCAAGCUGACGCAGACCUGGUCUCUCUGGCGACCGCGCUGGAAGAAAUGGGCAAAAGUGAGGUGCUAGUUGUCAUGACAACAGAUGGGGAUUGUUGAUUGGUCAAGGAACGAGAAAGGAAGCAAGACUUUUUUUUUUCACCACCGUGAUGAAAAUAAGAAUACCUGCCUAUGAAUAUGCACAAAUCAUAAGCCCACAGAGCAUUUUGGUCCCUUCACAUGCACUGUAUUACCUCUGCCUCAACUUCUUCUUUCUCACUGACCCCUGAUCAGCCACUGUAGCUACAAACCCACCAUUACCCACUCCCAUGAUAACUGCUAAUCUGAUCCAUCUUGAAUUCUCCUAAGCAAUGUUGCAUCUGCAAGAUGUGAAUCCAAUUUUAAGGGUACAAAGGCGUAAAAUGGGUGUAAAGUCAUCUGUCAUAUGUGGUGCUGACUGUCCUUCAAAGAUUGAAAAUGACACUAUUCUUGUAUAUAAGCUUUGGGACAAACAAAAAAAAAAUCAUAUAUUCAACACACUAAAGCACGCACAAUAACACAACCAGACAAACGCUAACACGGGAUUAUCCAUGUUUCAGUAGCAGCAUGAAAGUGCAUGAUUUAACACCAUCUCACCUCAUGGCAGGGGCUUUUGUUUUCUCCAUUGUCAUUCUGUGUGUGCAGUGACUGACAGACAGCGCCGA